AUGCGUCGAGUGGUCGCCCAUGCCUUUCGAACCGCGCGCCGGUACCCACUACGAAGGUCAUGUUUUAGGGCAGUCAACUUACCUCACGUUUCCUCCCGGAGUCAUGAUUUAGGUCCCCGGGGGUUUGCAACUUCCAGAACUACGAUACCACGUCCAGCUGUUGUCCUUCAGUCAUCCAUGAUAUUUAGAAACUUGUCUCUGGCCUUUGCUUCCAGUCUCGUGGCCACGGGAGCGUGGUAUGCAUAUACUGGAGGCUCUGAAUCCAGUGCUGUUUCCGGGGUCAACACGACAUUAUCCAGCUCUAUUCACACUCCAUCGAAUACGGCAAUAGUAUCGCCGUCAUUCUCAGGAGUUCAGGUGGAAAGUGACCAGUUUUAUACCACUACAAGUGUGGAUCAACCAGUUUCGAAGCGGACAGAUAACUCUGGAGAGAGGGUCGUGGGAAUGCUUACGCCUGAGCAGGCCACAGAACGGCUUCGGCGGAACGAGGAGUCCUACUUUGUUGGGCGUGGGUCUGGUGUUGUUCGCUAUGAUGUAGCUCAGCUUCCUAGCAACGAUCCCAUUGAGGAUGAUCAUGCCGAGAAAGUGGUGGAGGUGCCGAGCUCUGUUAAGGCGACGGAGAAUGGAGCGCCAACAAGUGACUGGAACUUCUGGGGUGUCUUUGACGGCCAUUCUGGAUGGACAACUUCCGCAAAAUUAAGACAGACUCUAAUUUCUUAUGUUGCUCGCGAACUUAAUGCUACUUAUAAGUCAGCAGCUACGAAUCUUGCCUUCCCAUACCCUAGCCCCGAAGCGAUCGACGCAGCUAUCAAAACUGGUUUCCUACGACUGGAUCACGAAAUAGUGAUUGAAAGUGUAGAAAAGGUUGUCAAAGCUAACUCAAAAACUGUUGCGGCAGAGCUUCUUGCUCCAGCCCUUUCUGGGUCAUGUGCCCUCCUUGCAUUUUACGACAGCAGGUCAAAGCUGGUACGUGUUGCCUGUACUGGUGACUCCCGAGCUGUUCUCGGGCGCAGAUCGUCAAACGGAAAAUGGUCCGCUAUCCCACUAUCAGAAGACCAAACCGGAGGCACAGAGUCUGAAGCCGAACGAUUACGUGCCGAACACCCUGGAGAAGACAACGUUGUUCGUAAUGGAAGAAUCCUUGGUGGUCUUGAACCCAGUCGUGCCUUCGGCGAUGCUGCAUAUAAGUGGCAGCGGAAAACCCAAGAGAAGAUCAAACGACACUUCUUUGGACGCACGCCCAACCAACUCUUAAAGUCUCCUCCUUAUGUUACCGCAGAGCCCAUCAUUACCACUACGAAAAUCGACCCCACAAAAGGUGAUUUCCUGGUACUGGCCACGGAUGGCUUAUGGGAGAUGUUAAGUAAUGAAGAAGUUGUUGGCUUAGUUGGGCAGUGGAUCGAACAUCAAAAGUCUGGUGGAAAGGAUGGAAUGGGAGGCUGGAUGAAGAGCUGGUUCAGCACUAAUGGAACUUUGCCUGUUGAGACGGAGUCUAGGGAAAAGCAAUCUGGCCAACGAUUGCCCAUCCGUCAACUGCAAUACGACAUCCCUCAAGAUACCAACCGUUUUGUUGUCGAAGACAAGAACGCGGCCACACAUUUGAUUCGAAAUGCACUAGGCGGAAAAAACAAAGAACUUAUUUGCGCUCUUCUUACCCUUCCUAGCCCAUACUCGAGGAGAUACCGUGACGACCUGACAGUUGAGGUUAUCUUUUUCGGUGAAGGUGAAAACAAUGGUGCGGUCAGUGUAAACCAAGAAGCAAGUGCUUCAGUACACAAGAUACCCCCAAAGCUUUAA